GCAUAGCGUUUUAAUUUAUUGCAAGUUGUUGAGUUGAGUUGAAGUGUGGUCUACUCUACUUUCUAGCUACUAUCCCCAUCUCUUUUCCUUUCUCAUCUCUCUUCACUGAACAAAGAAAACACCCUCUUAACUUCAUUCAUUCUCAAAGAGUGCUAUAUAUGGAGAAACCAAAUUCAACAACCCUAGCAAGAACAAAAUCAGACCAAUUAAUAGAAUCUAUGGCGGCGGCUUUAAAAUCGCCGCAAUCAAGUGACCACUCAUCCGGAAUGCCAGAUAGUGGUGGUGGUGGUGGUGGCAGUGGUACGCUAUCAAGGAAGUCGAGCCGGCGGAUGAUGGUGGCGGCUUCCCCGGGGCGCGGGGGAGGAAAGAACACACACAUAAGGAAAUCAAGGAGUGCUCAAAUAAGCCAAAUGAAGUUUGAAUUGGAUGAUUUGAGCAGUGGUGCUGCACUUAGUAGAGCUUCAAGUGCAAGCUUAGGUUUCUCAUUCUCUUUCACUGGAUUCACUAUGCCACCUGAUGAAAUUGCUGAUUCUAAACCCUUCAGUGAUGAUGAUAUUCAAUUUUCUACCUUGGAUCAUAUCAUGAAGAAAAGUUCAACUAUGUGUGUUGCAGCUGAAGAUAUUGAAGCUGGAACUAAGACAAUAAAGUUUCAAACUGAGCCUACUAUUCCCAUCUAUCUUAAGUUCAAAGAUGUGAGCUACAAGGUAGUAAUGAAAGGCAUGACAACAAGUCAUGAAAAGGAUAUAUUGAAUGGGAUAAGUGGAUGUGUGAAUCCAGGUGAAGUCUUGGCUUUGAUGGGUCCCUCAGGGAGUGGAAAAACCACUCUUUUGAAUCUAUUAGGUGCUAGAAUAUGCCACUCCACUAUCUCUGGUUCCAUCACUUACAAUGAUCAAUCAUAUUCCAAGUUCUUGAAGAGCAGGAUAGGAUUUGUGACACAAGAUGAUGUUCUGUUUCCUCACUUAACUGUCAAAGAAACAUUGACAUAUGCAGCCAGGCUUAGACUUCCAAAGACAUACACAAAGGAGCAAAAGGAAAAAAGAGCUCUUGAUGUUAUCUAUGAGCUUGGUUUGGAGAGGUGCCAAGACACAAUGAUUGGAGGUUCCUUUGUUCGUGGAGUAUCAGGUGGAGAAAGGAAGAGAGUUUGUAUUGGAAAUGAGAUCAUAAUCAACCCUUCUCUUCUUUUUCUUGAUGAACCAACUUCUGGUUUGGAUUCAACAACAGCAUUGAGAAUAGUUCAGAUGCUUCAAGACAUAGCAGAGGCUGGUAAAACAGUAGUGACAACAAUUCACCAACCAUCAAGUAGACUCUUUCACAAGUUUGACAAGUUGAUCCUUCUUGGCAAAGGGAGCUUGCUUUACUUUGGAAAAGCAUCUGAAGCAAUGAAUUACUUCCAAUCUAUAGGGUGUUCGCCUCUUAUUUCGAUGAAUCCGGCCGAGUUCUUGCUAGACCUUGCCAAUGGAAACAUAAAUGAUGUUUCUCUUCCAUCAGAGUUGGAGGACAGAGUUCAAAUGGGAACUGUAGAAUCUGAAAGACAUAGUGGCAAGCCAUCUCCAGCAGUAGUACAUGAGUAUUUGGUGGAGGCAUAUGAGUCUCGUGUCGCGGAAACAGAGAAGAAAAAGAUAAUGGCUCCUUCCCCUCUUGAUGAAGAAGUUAAGUCCAAAGUUCGUAGUUCUAAGAGGGAAUGGGGAGCAAGUUGGUAUGAGCAAUUCUCUAUAUUGUUCUGGAGAGGAAUCAAAGAAAGGAAGCAUGAUUAUUUCAGUUGGUUGAGAAUCACACAAGUUCUGUCCACUGCAAUCAUAUUGGGAUUACUUUGGUGGCAAUCAGAUACUAAGAACAUAAAAGAUCUGCAAGAUCAGGCUGGACUGCUCUUCUUUAUAGCUGUCUUCUGGGGAUUCUUCCCUGUUUUCACUGCAAUAUUCACAUUUCCUCAAGAGAGAGCAAUGCUGAGUAAGGAGCGAGCGGCCGAUAUGUACAGACUAAGUGCAUAUUUCUUGGCCAGAACCACAAGUGACCUUCCACUAGACUUGAUAUUACCAGUACUAUUUCUCCUUGUUGUUUACUUCAUGGCUAGUUUGAGACUCAGUGCUACUCCCUUUGUCCUCACCAUCCUCACUGUUUUCCUCUGCAUCGUGGCGGCUCAGGGACUUGGACUUGCUAUUGGAGCAACACUCAUGGAUUUGAAAAGGGCAACAACUUUGGCUUCAGUAACUGUCAUGACUUUCAUGCUGGCUGGAGGGUUCUUUGUGCAGAGAGUUCCCAUAUUCAUUUCUUGGAUCCGGUACAUGUCUUUCAAUUACCACACCUACAAACUGCUGCUAAAGGUGCAAUAUGAACACCUAACUCCAGUUGUAAACGGGAUCAAAAUUGACAGUGGUUUGACAGAGGUUGCUGCUCUGAUAGCCAUGGUUUUCGGCUACCGGUUCUUGGCUUAUCUUUCCUUGCGGCGGAUGAAGCUUCAAUCCGGAGCAUGAGAUCAUUGAUCCAAGCAUAACAAGAAGUAGCCUGGAUUGGAAGAAAGUGCUUCCAUUUUGCAUGAAGAGUGAUAUUGGAUGA